AUGGAAAACAGGGUCUUUUCCGGUAAAAACUCUCUAUUGAACUAUUACGAUCCAGACCACAACCUACCUACACCGAUGGUCGAGUUGCCCGACCAUCCUUAUACCGCCGACGGGGUACGAAUCUAUGCGAAAAUGAUGAAUUUUCUGCCUGCUGGCAAUGUGAAAUCGUUACCAGCACUCAAUAUGCUUCAACAAGCCUUCCACGAUGAUAAAAUUGGCGUAAAAACUAAUUCUAUCGUGGAGUUCAGCUCGGGCUCGACUGCCCUUUCGCUUGGAAUAAUUUCAAGAAUUAUGGGCAUUGAUCGCACCGAAAUCUACAUCAGCAACAAAACUAGUGAAACCAAAAUCAACAUGCUGCGUAUGUUCGGUCUCGAGCUCACUGUAUUUGGAGGCCCCGCUCAACCCGAAAUGAAUGACUCGAUCGGGGGUAUCGCAGCGGCUAGGGAUCGUGGUUUCCAACCUGACUGCUUCAAUCCUGAUCAAUACGAAAACCCGGCUAAUUUCGGUGCUCACAUCAGAUGGACGGGUCCUCAAAUCUAUAAACAGCUGCCCCAGAUUAAAGUGAUUGUAGCGCCUGCGGGCACAACAGGAACUCUGACUGGCACUGCUACCUACUUGAGGAGUGUAAAACCGGACAUAAUCGCCGUCGGCGCUUUCACUACUCCUGGAGAGCGUAUCCCUGGUCCGCGCACCCUGGACUUGAUGAGAGAGGUUAAUUUUCCUUGGAAGCAAGUGACGGAUGAGGUCAUUGAGAUAGGAACUCGUGAGGCGUACAAUAAUUCCAUGUUGCUAUGUCGUAUGGGUAUCGUUGCGGGACCGUCAUCUGGCAUGUCUUUGGCUGCGGUUUAUUCCUUCUUGGAGCGUCGCAAGUCACAAGGUUCGUUGGACGAGCUUCGCGAUGAAGAAGGCGAUAUUACCUGUGUCUUCUUAUGCUGCGAUUUUCCAUUUCAGUACGUCGAUGAGUACAUGCACAAAUGCUCGGCAGAAUUAUUCCCUCCGAUUCAUAAUCAGGAACUGCUCACGGUCGAUCUGAAUCCGUAUUUGUCGGAGUGGGAGUUGAAGCCUUGGGAAGCCAAGCAAAUGAUCUUGGGAUCCGGCGACCCUUUCAAAGCAAACAUUCUUCUGCUUGAUUUUCGCCAUCCCCUCGCAUUCAAUCAAUCAUCAAUUUUGAACUCGGUUUCAAUCGACGUGGGACUAGGACUUGCCGAUCCAAAUCCGUUCGAUAGAGCCAAUCAGCUGACUGAACUACACCGGCAACUCGACAUAUCCUUUCAACUACCCGACGGAAAGUUGAUUGGGGUGUUCAAUGCGUUCUCGGGGAGCAAGGUAGUUGCCAUCUGUCAAAAUGGGACUGCCUCUCGGACCGCAACAAGUGUGAUGAGGUCCAAAGGAAUCGAGGCUUACUGCAUUGUUGGUGGGAUUGAUGCCUGGCAUCGUGCUGGUCUUCCCUUACACACUCCCUCCAUCAAGAAAGAUUCCCUCUGGCCUCUUAUCCAGGAUCUCAGCCAUUUCGUUACAAAACCUGUCAUUCAAGUCCUUCAAGCUUUUCAUUAG